ACUGUGCAGAUCACUCGUUGUUGUGAAGCCAUGGUGAUGAAGUGUACUGCUGUGUGCCUUGUGGUACUGGCCUUGUUUGGCAGCUUGUGUGAUGCUCAGUGGAAAGAUGUUCCUCACAAGCCCUCAAUACCUAAAUACCAGAAGCCAGCAGCACCUGUGCGACAGGAGCCCAUCAAACAGGUGCCUCAAGAGCCCCCACAGACAAAGCAGACAUUUGAGAGACCACUCACUUGGACAUACCCUGAAGAUCCCAAGCCCGAGCUCCAACCUGAGGUGCCUUUCGAGCUGAGACAUCCCGUUCCUGCUGCAACUGUCGCUGUUGAUUGCAGAGAGAAGGACGCUCAUGUAGAAGUCAAGAAGGACUUGUUCGGAAUUGGCCAGUUAAUCAACCCUGCUGACCUUACCCUGGGACAGUGUGGUGCUGUUGCAGAGGACACUGCUGCUCAAGUGCUGAUUUUUGAAGCCGAACUGCAUGAUUGUGGCAGCUCAUUAGCAAUGACAGAAGAUGCCCUCAUCUACACCUUCACUCUGAACUAUAUUCCCCAACCUCUGGGUGGUGCUCCUGUGGUGAGGACAAGCAAAGCUGCUGUAAUUGUGGAAUGCCACUAUCCAAGGAAGCACAAUGUAAGCAGCCUUCCUCUUGACCCACUCUGGAUCCCAUUCUCCGCGGUUAAGGUGGCAGAGGAGUUCUUAUACUUCACCCUGAAACUCAUGACUGAUGACUGGCAAUUUGAGAGGCCAAGCUACCAGUAUUUCCUGGGAGACAUCAUUAAUAUUGAGGCUUCCGUCAAGCAGUACUUCCACGUGCCCCUCCGAGUUUUUGUGGACAGCUGUGUAGCGACUCUUUCACCUGACGUGUCCUCCAACCCCAGAUAUGCCUUCAUUGAGAACCAUGGGUGUUUAAUUGAUGCUAGGGUCACAGGCUCUGCCUCGAGGUUCGUGGCUCGCACUGCAGAGAACAAGCUUCACUUCCAUUUGGAGAGCUUCAGGUUCCAGGGUGCUGACAGUGGACUGCUCUACAUUACCUGCCACUUGAAAGCAACAUACACUGCCAAUGCCAUCGAUAGUGAACAUAGAGCUUGUUCCUACAUCAAUGGGUGGAAGGAGGCCAGCAGUGCUCACGAAGCUUGUGGUUCCUGCGAGUCAAUUGGAUUUGGCUCAUCUGGCACUUCGCCUGGUAUAGUUGGGGCUUCUGGUUCAACUGGUUCCUUUGGCACUGGUGGUGGACCACCCUCUUUGUCUAAUCCUGGAAGGAAGAUCCGUGAUGUGACCCCGACUGAAAUUUUUGAAUGGGAAGGUGAUGUCACCCUGGGUCCCAUCCCCAUUGAGGAGAAGGUGAUUGCUUAACUCAAUCCCCUGCCAUGGCAAUGACCAUCAAAAUAAACAUUCUCAUUGGUUCA